UAAUGAAAUUGUUACUAACACUUCUUUUUUUAUCUGUAGUCCUAGGUUAAUAAGUACAAGAGGAGAAUGGAGUUUUAAUAUUGAACGAUUAAAAUUUUGAAUAUGUUCUGAAGAAAUAUGAAUUUGUAUUAAUAGAUUUCUAUGCUCAUUGGUGUGGACAUUGGUAUUAAUGAUAAAUAAUAUUUAGUCAUCAUUUAGCUCCAGUAUUUGCUUCAAGUGCAAGAUAAGUUAGAAAUCAGAAUGUUUAAUUUGCUAAAGUAAUAUACUUAAUUAAUUUAAGAUCAAUUGUCCUUAAUAUGAAAAUUUGUGUAGAAAAUAUUAAGUAACUGGAUUUCCAACCUUAAAAUUAUUUAGUGAUGGAUAAUUAUUAAUGGAAUAUCAAGGUGAUAGAACAGAAAAAGCUAUUGUUGAUUGGAUGAAAAAGAAAACAAGUAAUUUUUUAUUUAAUGAGUAUUUAAUAGAUAAGGGAUCUAUUGAAGCCAAGUCUUUAGAUUAAUUAAAGAAGUUUACAGAAUCUCCAAAUUUAGUUAUGGUAUUCUUUGGUGAAUAGAAAGAAUCUUAUGAAUUUAUGUAAUACUUUUAAUUCUCAUCGUAAUCACUAUAUUUUAUGUUAUUAGAAAAAAUAAACAUAUCUCAGCUAUGCAUACAUUUAAUUAAAACUUUGCUAAUGAAAUGAGAGCUUAGGUGCCAAGCAUUGUUAUUUAUAAACCUUAUGAUGAAAGAAAGGCUGCAAUUUUUGAUAAUUUUGAAAUUUCUUACAUAGAAUAAUUUAUUAAGAAACAUUCAUAUCCUGUUUUAAUGAAUUUUGAUAUUUAAGUAAGAAAUAAGAAUUUAAGUUUAUAGACAGCAAAAAGAAUAUUUAGAGGAGAUUAGCCAACAUUAUUCUUAGUAUAAAAUUCUUAAACAAAUCAAGCAGAAAAACAUUUAAUAUUAGCUUUAUCAAAAAUAAAAGAUUAAAUUCUUAUUUGCAUAGCUAAUACAGAUAACAAAUAUGGGUUGAGAUUGAUGUAAUAUUUUGGAAUUUAGAAUGGUAAGAAUGGAUACUUACUUUAUAGAUUAUCUCCCUUAGAUUGUGGCAUUUAAUCCAAUCUCUGAGACUUUUAAUUUAUUGAGUGAAAUUACAAAAGAUGGAAUCAUUAAUUUUACAUAAUCAUUCCUAGGACUCCAAUAGAAUUCAUAAAAAUAAGACUUAUGA